AUGGCUCGAUACCUAACGCCCGCGAAAAUUGGGCUUCUGGCUCUCGUGGAGCUGUACACACACGAAGCAGUCCCAAGUGAUGCCGUGCUGCCAGUUCUCUCCUUCAUCACGUCACAUCUCUUGGAUCACGACUCUACAGAUCCAUUGUCGUCACAAGAGGCAAGGUGGGCAAAAGCCGAGCGUACUGUGAGCUUGGUUAUCACCAUCAAAGAUUUUGAAAAGCUUCUUGCCAGCUAUCCCUUCUUGAUGGGAAUGCCUGGUCGGAAGCUCUGGGACCAGUUCCUCGGGAAGCUUUGGAAAAUCAAUUCCCUCGACGGUUUGCAUGAGUUUUUCGACAGAAUCACAGAAAUGCUGGUCAGAGCAAAAGAGGAGCGCCGCAAAGAUGACGGUGACGACCCUGACCAUGUGGAUAAUCGAAUCAAACUGUCACGCAACUCACCAUUCGGAGCAUUCAUUCGCAGAUCACGCCUAGAAUACCAACGACUCCGUUUUAAUGACUUUGCGGAACUUUGGAAAGCAUUUGUUCGAUAUCGCCAGCCUACUGCCCAUUAUUUGAGGAGGAAGAACCCCAACUUUGCCCGUUUAAGUUUCGACAACGUCCUCUUGCUAGGGGAGCAAGAAGACUGGGAUUCGGCAAGCGUGUCUGCCUUGGCGACAAUUGCAUACGGUGAUAUGCUCACUGGGGAUGAGAGUAGCACCAUUCCGGUGAGCACCGACGAUGUGGAGUCGCUGCUCGAGUUCCAGAUCGAACAGAUGCAAAAAUAUGGAAACAGGAUUCCUUUGGAAAUACGACACCAGUUUCAUGAUCUCCUGCACGACAGCUUUCUCGUCCCUAGUCUUACACAUUAUUUGAGCUUUCUUGAUGCGUGGAGGUCUGGCGACUACCCUACUGCAUUCGAUUUCCUGCAUCGAUAUUUCGACUAUACCAUGCAAUACCGAGACAGACUGUUUUACCAGUAUGCGCUCAUGAAUUUGGCUGUUUUGCAGGCAGAUUUCGGGUGCCACCAGGAAGCCGUAGCGGCCAUGCUGGAGACAGUUUCAACAGCACGAGAAAAUCGGGACAUGACAUGCCUCAACUUUGCAUUGAAUUGGCUUUUUCAUUUUGGUCGGGCACAUCCCAAUUUGGUCCGUGAUUUGGAGUCGAACAGUUUAUUGGGCGCCGGCAAGGAAAGUCUCGCCUUCUUAAGGGUAAAGGCCAAAGAGUCCGGCAUGUGGACUCUUUGGAGUUCCGUGCUCCUAAGCGAGGCCAAACUAGGGCUCAUCAACGGAGACAGCGUUGCAACGUCCCUGGAGUACAUGGUCCGAAGCUCACAAGUCAUUGUUGAGAGGAACAUGAAGACCAUGUUCGGCUCCCAGCUGUCAUUGUACUCUGCAUUAUGGAGCCGACUCGGUCUCACACAAUUGUCAACCCUGACGUCUGAAAUUUUUCUGCGGUGUCACGGACGGCACGCGGUAUUUGACGAUGAACUGAAACAUACCUGCCGCAUAGCGCUGACGCUCUCCGAUCGUGGUCGAUAUGACGAAGGUCUCCAAUACCUGGAGAGACUCGAUGAGAACUCGCUGCGCUCAUGGAAGCCCAGCCAGUACUGGUACAAGUACAGGGCAAUCAUAAAACUGAAAAAAGACUUGCAUCACAACAACUUGGAUGGUGCCGAAGAGCUGCUCCGCCAGCUCUUGCAGUCAACUUCGGAUGACCUGGAGCCUGACAUGACCUUCAUUAUCGACUCGCUACACAUAGACUGCCUGAUCCGCCGAGGCGAUCUACAGAAAGCGUUCCGAAAGGUGGAAAGCUUGAUGUCCAAGUUGCGUGACGAGAACAAGGACAUUGCGCUACGCGUGAAGCUUCUCCUCAUAAAGGUUGCUCUGCUAGACAAAUGUGGCCGCCCGCAAAGAGCCUUUUCAACGGCCUUCCGCGCUACAAACAUUGCAUGGCGCGCACGGCUGAUUCCCUGCCUCUGGCAAGCCAUUGGCGCCCUGUCCAACAUCCUCGUAUCUUUGGGCGAGUUCGAAGCAGCCAUACAGCUCCUCGUCGCAGUCUUGCCGCGGGCUUUGGAGUGCCAGUCGUCGUCGCUCUCGGCUCAGCUCUACGCGUUCCUUGCCGACGCAAACAUGGGCAUGGCGGGCAACAUGCCGCCAAAGUCACCCAAGCGAAUCGAACACAUGACCAGAGCAUUAUCCGCCGUGCAAAAGGCAUUUGCUCACUACUCGGCGAUCGAGGAUAUCAAGAGCCAAUGUGAAAUGAUGGCCAAAAAGGCAAUGAUUAUGAAACUGACAGGAGAAGUGGCACUAGCUGCAGACUAUGCGGCAGCGUAUGUAAAAUUACGAAGAACAGCCGAGUCACUGAGUCUUGGACGGUGA